GAAAUAUCAUAUUUCAAUAUUCUUUCGUUACAAACAUCAUGUCACGUUUUUCGACUCUGUCGUCGCAGCCUUCAACGCAGCCGUCAUUGCCAUCGUCGUAUUCCUUCGAGCUGUCUGAUGUGUCACGGGUGGACCCAGAGCGCUUCAGGAAACACAAGUGGCUGUGGGCCGUGUACGUGCGCGGUCGAAAAGACUGGUCUCGUCCGGACGUUUCGCUGCCGCCGUCUCGUCCGGCCGAUUCGCGUCCCGCCGCGGGAGGGCCGACUCGUGCCAGCCGCGUCGGCCGGAAGGCGCAUCGGUCAAGUCCUUUAUCGAAAACAUAUCGAUAUACACCGAUGUCGCCUUCCUACUCGCCGCCACGUACACCGUCCCCGCACACCGCGUCCGGCGCAUCCGCCCUGACACAUCAGUCAGUUAUUGAGAUCAGCGACGAUGAGGCCAUACCUAUGUCCCGGAGAAUGCGUUUUGAAGGCUUGACGACGACAGAGAUCGUUAAGAUUGUUAUGGCGAGGAAGAACAAAAAAAUAAAAUUGUAUUUAGGAACCGUUGGUUACAGUUACUACAGUCAACAGCAACCGUAUUUUCAACCGGCAUACCCGUACAACCAGCCACAUAACCAUCUACAACAACUGCCUUACCAGCUAUACAUCGACCACCACAACAGUUUGAACUAUCCGUACAACAUCGAUCAGUAUUACCAACCGCACGGCCAACAACCGUACGACGGUCAACAUUAUCC